CGCGUCGCCUCGGCGCCUCUCGGCCGGCCGGCGGCCCGAGGGAGCCGGGGGUACACCGGCUGGGUUACCUCGUAGGGCGGGUGCUGUUGGCUGCCCGGUGCGGAGGGAGCGAUGCGGGCCGGUAGCCGCGGGCAGGCCGCCGGGGAGGCUAAAGGGGCUGAGAGCGGCCAGCGAGGAGGCUGAGGAGAUGAGAGGGGCCGGCAGGAAGCCUGAGGCGGCGGGAGGGCCGGCAGCCCGGGGGACCCCUGUGCGCUGCGGGGGCUCGGCAGUGGCGAGCGGCGGGACGGGAGCUGAGGAGAUUUUACACAGCCGCCCUUCUCCCCUCGUUUGUAAUGAAAUGCUCCUGGGACCUCACCCUAUGCUAAUUUGUCUUAAAGAGAAAUCUUCUGUACAGUGCACCAGUUCUGGUGGAUUCUUAGCCCUUGCUAAGUAUGUGUUGACACCUGGGAGAGAGAACCAAGCACGCAGCUAUUAUCCUUUUGAUGCUCCAAGCUGGGAAAAGCAGCAGGAGUGGCUGCUCAGAGAGCGAGGAGGAGAGGAUGCCUGGGGGCUUUACAUACCACCAUCCAAGAUCUGCUUACAGCGUCACGUCGGGAAUGGAUUCUGCUUACCCCAACGUUUUAUGUCUCUGAAAUCACUUCGUCUUCUGCACUACCACCUAUCUCUUUCACAAUGGCUCUCAGCUGUAAGAUGUUUUUUGGGGAGGAUUCAGAGAGCACUGAGGUGACAGCCCUGCCUUCGCUUGCCCUGGAAACCGGUGCUCUGCCACUGCAUCUCACUAAAGGAUUCAGAAGAGGCUGAUCCACCUCGCAGAGGAGAAAUCGUGUCUGUGUAUUCUCUCCACUCUGGUGUUUCUGGGUGACGACUACUGAGGAGCUGUUCAGCUGCAAAAGGCAGAAGUGUUAGGAAGCAUCUCUCACCUAGACGUUUUAUCACUGGGGAGAAGUGAAGAGGAAAGGCUUUCAGAAGUGGCACAAAGUCAAAGAUGGAUUUUAAGAGCAUGAAGAACUAUAUCUAUUGGCUGUACUGCCAGUUUGAACUGAUCACCUGCAGCUAUCUCAUGGAGCCCUGGGAAAAACUGCUCUUCUACACUUUCAACGUCAUUAUGUUAGUUAUGGUAUUAUACACUGCUUACAUCUUUGUCCCUGUCCACAUCAGCACGGCUUUUCAAUUCUUCUUGCACUUAUUUGGAAGCCAACAUGAAAAUACUGUUUCUAUUGUGAAGUAACAUUGGCAACCUGACACUGACUCUUGGAUCAAAGAAGCAUUUUUCUUAACACUCCGUUUUUGUUUAGAAACAGGUUCAGGGUGUAUGCAAAUACUGGUUUAUUCUGCAGUAUCUCUUAGUGUUCUUCUGUAUUCUGGGACUCUGUGACAGCAAUUCAUUUUACCAAAACAAUUUCAAUCAGUCCUUGCUUUUAUUGUCUGAUUGACUGCUUCUUGAAGAGCUUUUAAUGUUAAAGACUGGCUGGAUUUGGGACAGAAACAACCGUGCUGCAUAUUUUGUUAUUCCAGGGAGAGCUGCUGGGAUAUGGCGAGGUUUCAUCUUGAGAAAUUCUAUGGCAUACAUUUGUUCUUGUCUGCUGUAGCUUUGCUGACAGGAGAGAUGUGUACACGAAAGGUUUUGCACAAUACUAUACAACUAUAAGCUGCUUCUCUAAGCUUGGUAUGUAUGUAUUUAUAGAAUUAUUUUAUUAUUUAUUUAGUUUGCCUCAAUUAUUUAAUACAAUGAAUUACUUGACUGGUUCAUCAUCAUUAUGCAAAUAAUGCAGUUGAUUUAUUAAAAAUGUGGGGAUUUACUUCCAUGAAAAUUGAUAAUGAAAUUCU